UGGGAUGCGUGUUGUGGUUCGCUCCAGACUCUGCGCAAAAAGAUUUUUGUUACCUACUUUCCUUCUGUUAGUGUUGUUCAAAAAUAAAAUUUUUUGUUGAUUUGCAACACAGUGGUUUGAUUAAAACUAUAAAACUAUUUGAUCAGCAGUUGUUUGCCGUUGUUGCAAGAUACAUGAUCUUUUUCUUGAGAGGUUUGUACCCUCAAAGAUUGCGUUGAUUAUUUAGCAGAAGUUUUGGACGUUUUUUAUCCGGUACCUUUGAACCAUGGGCAACAUCGCGUACAGUUCCUGGGGCCAGUACUGGGAAGCAUUCGUUUACGAGCGGAAGGCCGCUCCCGAUGUGAUGCGCGAUCCGACGUUCGACCCCAAUUUCGGAUUCGCUGAGCCGCGUAAAGAACGAGUGAUGGUGGCCACGGAAGCCGAGAUGGAAGCUGCCAACCUUACUUUAGCUGAACGGGACUUCUGUGCUCAUCUGCUAAUCGACUGGAAGAAGUGCAUGCGCUCCAACUUUCCCUGCUAUUGGCGUUGCUACGACCAGAAGCACCACUACCACGAAUGCGAAGCUCACGAUUCGACACUGCGCUACAAGGAGUACGAAAGGGAACGCCGUCUGAAACUUCGCUGGCUAGAAGUCCGAGGCCUCGACCCCAACGGUAAUCCGCUUCCACAGAAAAAGGUUCACGCCUGAUCGUCUUGGACUGUGGUUUUGCGUGUACAUGGGAAAUUUAGACCUGUUCGCCUUAUUUGCAUUUGAAGGGUCACUAGGGUAAAAUACAGACUAUAGAAAUAUACCAGUUUUGCGUUUUUGCGCAGUUUUGUGUGUGCUGUGAAUACGUAGAAGCAACGGUUGGGACCGAACCAAUGAAAUGAAAACUUAGUACAGUACUUCUACUAGGGUAGAAAUUUUGGCAAUUAAUGCGUAACAUUGGGAGUUUCUGUGAUUGAGCGUAAAACAGAAGCUUUGACCCUUGUCUUUCCGAAUACGGUAACCGCGGACUGAUAAAACAGCGCAU